UCCGGCAUUAUAAUCAGAACCAUUAGUUUUAAACAUUCACACAAGAUUCUGCACCCCCCAAUGGUCCCUCAAAUAAAUAUACCUAUUCCACUCCUCCCUGGCCCUUCAACAUUUCUCCUUCUUCUUCACUGAAGAAAAACUCAAGAUAUGAGCGCACGAAACAGGCUCCCAUUCACUGCAGCUCAAUGGCAAGAGCUAGAACACCAAGCCCUCAUCUUCAAGUACAUGGUCUCCGGCAUCCCUGUCCCUCCUGAUCUGCUCUACGCCAUGAAGAGAUCCUCUUUGGACACUCCUUUCAUUUCCAGGCUCUUUCCCCACCAAUAUCCAGACGGUAACACUUCCUAUUUUUCUGUUUUGACCCGUAUCAUUCAUUAUGAUGCCCAAGUUUUGGGUUUAUAUUGUGUGUGUGCAGUUGGAUGGAACUUCGUGCAGAUGGGUUCGGGGAGGAAAAUCGACCCAGAGCCUGGAAGGUGCAGAAGAACAGACGGCAAAAAAUGGAGAUGCUCCAAAGAGGCAUAUCCAGAUUCUAAAUACUGUGAGAGACAUAUGCACAGAGGCAAAAACCGUUCAAGAAAGCCUGUGGAAGUUUUGAAACCAACAACAACAAUAACUGCUCUAACCUCUAAUCCAUCUACCCCACCCAUCUCCUCCAUCACCCACAACUCCACCGCUUCACUCAGCACCAACUCAUUUCCCUCUGAAAUCCAUACCCAUUCUUGUUUCAAUACUCCUCCUCCUCCUCACCCUUUUCUCUAUCAACAUGGCUCCUUCUCUAGGCCCCCUGGUUCUGCCCAUUUGCAGCACAACUCCAACCCAUCCUUACUUCUGGACCCUCCUGCAGAUUACAGAAGAAAUAGGUACGUUUAUGCGGGGAAGGAAGAUGUUGAUAAGCAUCCAUUUCUAUCGGAAGAACAUUCUGGGAACAUGAGAGGCUUCUCCGCUUCGUCUAUGGAAGAUCCCUGGCAGCUAACUCCUCUGACAAUGAGUUGUUCUUCCUCAUCCCCCAGACACAAGAACUGCUCAGCUUUACAAGGUGACUACUCUUCUUACUUGCAGCUGCAGAGCUUUGGCGGUUCCCCUAAGCAAGUGAAGCAAGACGAGCAUUACUACGCGGUGGGAAAAUAUAAUGAGAUGCAGAGUAAGAUGGACAGGGAGAAACCGGAGAAGACUAUGCAUCACUUCUUUGGUGAAUGGUCUCCUAAAGACAGGGAGUCGUGGGUUGAUUUGGAUGAUAAGUCAUCCAAUACUGGCGCAGUUUCUGAAACUCGGCUUUCAAUGUCUAUUCUUAACUCGUCGCAGCAUGACUUCUCCUCCAUUUUCAGUUCCAAUAAGCAUAAUGAAAACUGAUGACCUUUUUUAUCUGAUUCCAUUGUGCAUUUAGUGAGAAACAAGGAAAGACUUUUGGUUUGUAUUUGGGAUCCAUGACCCAGCUGUUACCAAAAUGCAUUACAAAUAAGUUUUGUUUGUUUGUUUGAUUGAUUUUCUUUGACGACUAAUGUCCAAAAAUGUAAAGUGAAAGAAAUGAAAGGGUAGUGUAUGCAUGGGGUUGAAGGGUAAGUGGAUUUGUUUGUAUGUUUGUUCAAGUUGAAGUUGAAGAGAACAGUGGUUAGUUCCAUAAAAAGGAUCCAAAGAGUGUGUUUGAAUGCGGUGUGCCCCAUCCACUUCAAUGCAUAAAUAGUUAGAUGAUGAAUGAUGUGUCAGAGAGGUCUGAUAGAAUGCUAAGGUAAGCGUCCUGGCCAUCUGUCUUCUGGGCUUGGCUCAACCUUCUAUGUCUGUUGUCUUGUAAUAAUAAUAAUGGGAGAG